UCGGGCCGGUUCGUUGUCUUCCUGUUCAGUAGAACUGAUAAAAUUGACAACGAGCGUUCGUUUUUAACAUUUCCUUAUAAAAACAACCGACGGAAAGUUAAAUAAGUUGUGCUGUGCUCGAGUUACGUGUCCGGAGUUCGACUGUCGGCAAACACAAAACUAUAAUGAACGUUUGAUUAUGAUUUGUAUUUUCAAAUCAUUCCUCGAUCUUUUAACGAUAGUUUCGUCCCGAAAACGGAAGCGGCUCAAGUAACAUCGCGUCCACAAUCGCAUCCGCCAUUUAAAUUCGGAUUAUUUUUGGCGCCGUAUUUAUUCGGAUCGUAAUUAUUUAUUUUUUUAUUUUUUACGCUCUUUUAUCGUUGUUAACUCGUUUCGCUAGUCGAAAAUGCAUCCCAAUCGCUUGUAACAAGUGCUAUAACAUUUCGCCGAAUUAGUUUUACUCAAUUAUUCCCAAUUUAACAAAAUGAAAAACAACGUGACAAAUGGGACCAGUAACAACACCAGAUACACGGUCGUCUUUGACCAAGACAAUCUCAACAACACGGGAAAGAAAAAAACAGGAUGGUUCGGCACGAGGCAUUUUGUGACAUUUAUGCUGUUUCUUGGAAUGGCAAACGCUUACGUAAUGAGGACCAACAUGUCUGUGGCCAUCGUGGCAAUGGUAAACCACACUGCGAUCGAAAUUUCGAGUUCGAACCACGAUGAGCCCAUCGAUACCGAAUGCGGCGUUGAUGUUCCACAGAUGAACAAGUCGCAUCAAGAAAAUGACGGCGAAUUCGUCUGGGAGACCGACAUCCAAGGCUACGUCCUCAGCUCCUUCUUCUACGGCUACGUUGUCACCCAAAUUCCCUUCGGAAUCUUGUCCAAACGCUACGGCAACAUCUACUUCCUCGGCGUGGGCAUGCUGAUAAACUCCUUGUUCGGCUUACUGGUGCCCAUAGCCGCCAAUAUGGGCAUCUGGUGGCUGAUAGCCGUGAGAUUCAUUCAGGGUCUCGGUGAGGGCCCUAUUGUCCCAUGCACACACGCUCUUCUGGCAAAAUGGAUCCCUCCUAACGAGAGAAGUCGAAUGGGUGCUUUCGUUUAUGCAGGAGCACAAUUUGGAACAGUCAUAUCCAUGCCGUUGAGUGGCCUUUUGUCGGCUUCAUCCGUCGGUUGGCCGUCCAUCUUUUACGUUUUUGGGGCCGUUGGAACCGUCUGGUGCGUUGCCUUUCUAAUCUUCAUCUACGAAGACCCAGCAGCAAACCCCAAAAUGAACAUCGACGAGAAAAAAUACAUACAGAAAGCUUUAGGCAACGUCGCUGGGGCACCUAUUCCACCAAUCCCGUGGAAAGCGAUCGCGAAAUCUAUGCCUUUUUGGGCUAUUUUAUUAGCCCAUAUGGGCCAUAACUACGGUUAUGAAACCUUGAUGACUGAGUUACCAACCUACAUGAAACAAGUUCUACACUUCAGUAUUAAAGACAAUGGGUUUCUUUCGGCUUUACCUUAUUUAGCUAUGUGGUUGUUUUCGAUCUUCAUUAGUCACGUUGCUGAUUGGUUGUUAACUAAACCUUGUUUCACACAUACUAUUGUGCGAAAAUUGAUCAACGGAAUUGGUCAAUAUGGCCCCGCGAUUGCUCUAGUGGCAGCGUCAUUUACGGGUUGCGACCGAUGGUUAACCGUAGCCAUCUUAACCAUCGGUGUAGGUCUAAAUGGUGGUAUCUACUCUGGUUUCAAAGUCAACCAUUUGGAUAUCUCGCCUCAAUUUGCCGGAAUUCUUAUGGCCUUCACCAACUGUUUGGCAAAUCUCGCCGGAUUGUUAGCCCCAAUUUACGCUGGAAACGUAGUUUUGGGAACGCCUAGUCAAGCAAAAUGGCGCGUCGUCUUCAUCACGGCUGCAGGUGUUUAUGCUGCUUGUUGCACCUUCUAUAUUUUGUUCGGUUCCGGUGAACGGCAACCAUGGGAUCAACAGGAAGAUCCCGACAAGAAGAAAGAAGCAGACAGUGACCCUGAGAUAGUGACAACACGUGCUUGAUUAAAUAACUAAAAAGUACUAUUGUGAUUUCUAUUCUACAAGUUAUUGUAUAUUUUAUAUUGCCGCAACUAAACUAGUGCAGCUGUUAUUACCUAUUUUAUUUGUACUGUAGAUUGCAAUACUCUCGAGAAACCUAAGUUUUUAUUAUUAAGUGUUUUGUAGAGGUUUCGGUUUGAUCCAGUGCGAACAAGUACAAAUGGUCUCAAAAUUUUUUGUUGAUUUAAUAUUUUUAUGAAUUAGGUACAUUAUUUAAAAACUUUGUGAACAGAAUUGUUAUGAUUUAGAUAAAUACAGAAGAAAUUUUUAA